CUGAAAGACGCUAUUAUAAGUUCACUGUGAAUUUUUGGUUUACCAUGUUGAGAUGAUUGACAAUGGUUUCCAUGACAACGUUAGGCAUUGGAUGGGGUGGAGCUUCGUUACUCUGCAAGUUGUGUAUAUGUACCUGGCAAUUUGGGUCUUGAUAGGCGAUGCUAGGUCUACCUUUGUAUAUAAAGACAUUCUGGAUGAACUGGAAGCGCUUCUGCCAGUGGAUUAUUUGUUCAAAAUUCCACCGUUAAAACAACGUUGUGAUGAGGAGAGAGACAACUAUUUCCAAGUCCAGCAGACUCUACAAUGUUUCCAUUGGAAGGAAGAGAAGAGAGAAGAGAGCAUAUGUGAUAGAAGAGAUGCUGUUAAACGUUUAUUGGACAAACUGAAUCGUUGCAAUGUAGAGGUAAACGAAGAGCUCUGUAGGCACAGCUCUGAGAGUGUCUCUGUUUUAGAAUUCAAAGAGAAAUAUGGAGAAGCUUACAAGAAAGGUGACAACAUAUCAUGUGACUGUCCACACUCAACUGCCAUAGCUAAACCUGAAAUGGAGGUUACAGUGCCUGCCCGCACCCCAUCACCUCAUCCUUCCUUAUUAGCCACAGAUGCUACAACAACAGAAAUUUGGACUACAAAUUUUAGAUUGACUACAGCUACCAAAGAAAACCCCACCGCAACAAUAAGCACGACCACAGCGAUCACAACUGCAACACCUGCAGGAACAAAGGUUACAGUACCUGUCCCCACCAGUGCGCCCUCUCCUAUGUCAUUAGAAAACUGUAGGGUCGCAGGUUCAACCAGUGGAGCAUUAUUAGGGAUCGUGAUUGUAGUUCUCUCCAUUGCUGUGACUUACCUACACACCCAGAACAGACGACUAAAGAGAGCACAGGCAAUGAUAGAAUAUUCAUACAGGAAUCGACAAAACGGAGAUGAGGACUAUACAAUGCAUCUUGUGUAGAAUGGACAAGUUAUAUGAUAUGCUAUACAUGUGAGAUGGACCAUGUGUCUGGAACCUCAUCUCCAAGAAAUGAAUAAAAAAGGAGAGACACCUGCUACCUCAGAAAGAGGAUAAAAGCAUCCCAACCUAAGGGCAAAAACCAAAACCCAGACAAAGAGUGCAGGCAGAAUCAAACCAUGUGUUGGCACUGGAUUGUGACUGGUGGAUGUUGUGGUGACGCAUCAGACUUGCUGUUCUCUAUAAACAGCCUGGAUGUUUCUAAAAAACUUUGCGGGGAAAGUUCAAAAAUGUUUUAAAACAUGCUAAAAUUGUAUGUUCCAUGUAUUACCAUAAAUUAAAUCCAAAUGCCAGUAUUUACUUGGAAAGGAGAAGGUACUUGAUGUUGUUGAGCACAGAAGUCUGGGAAGGCUGUAA